AUGAAGGAUGAUACUUCUCCUCCGCCAUAUUCAGCUACACAGGUGAAUAACUGUGCAUUUACAGCAUGGUAUCCAAAGCUCAAGCAUCUUUCUAUCAAGAGUGUAGUUAUUCCUUUACCAUUGGAUUUUAUCUCGGUUCUUCUGGCUGAUGGUGUGACGUUACCAAUGACUUUCAUCGCGUCUACGACGAGAACGAAUGAGGACGAGACAGUCGAGGAGAAUGAAGACACUGAGAGCGUUUGUACCGUCACAGAUGAACAAUUUGAUGCAAUUCUAACAGUGAAAGCACAAGUGGAUCAAGUUUUGCAGGAUUUUCAUGGUCAAUUCUUUCCCCAAGACCAAUUGGAGUGCACCUCUGGAUGUAGUCCUGGAAAUGAUCACAAUGGACCUCGUGAAUGCUAUCUAGUGCUUAAAAAAUGGUGUAACUUUCUCGACUCGAUGUUGUUUCGGUGUUUUGUGCUUGGUCAUCGUCUCGUGGCUGUGUCGCAACGAAAUUGCAAUGAGUUUUAUGAGUUUCUACUAGACCAACAGGAUGAACUCUGUGAAUUACUCUACGAGUUCUAUCAAAAGAACUUUUGGUGUCCAAAAGGACAGUUUGUCUUUCCAGAUCCAAACUAUAGCUUUGAUGUGUACAUUGAUAAGCGUCAACGAGUCUAUCUCUUGGACAUCAAUGUGUUUGGUGAUGUCACGGAUACGCUGCUGUUUUCAUGGAAAGAACUGCUGGAGAUGCAGAUGGAAAGGCCAGCGACAUUACUAGACGCAGAAGACGAACAUUACGUGAUCGAUUUUCGGGUGGUUGAAUCGAGAAGAGACAUCCGUGCAAAUUCACUGAGUGUGUAUCGCGCACCGACUGAUCUUGUGGAUCAUCUCGCAGGUGGUGCUGGUUUCGGUGCCUUCAUUAAACAGGUUCAGCGCGAUAACACCGAUGCUGGUGACGAUAGUGACGGUAAUGAUGAAGAAAACUAG